AUGCCGUCAAUAGCCCUCACACUCCGCACUGCGCGCACCUUCUCGCGAAGCAGCACAAAGACCUACCUCAACCUCGCGCGUAACUUCAGCUCCUCCCUCCGCCGCAAUGAGAUCAACAAGGUCUUCCCGUCCGCGCAAGCUGCGAUCGAGGACAUGAAGUCUGACAGCACACUCCUGUGUGGUGGCUUUGGUCUUUCUGGUGUGCCUGACACUCUCAUCGAUGCGGUCAAGAACAAGUCCUCAAUCACUGGUCUGACUGCUGUGUCCAACAAUGCAGGUAUUGUUGGUGGAGGUCUUGGUCUGCUGCUGGAAAGCAAGCAGGUCCGGAAGAUGAUCGCUUCAUACGUCGGCGAGAACAAGGUCCUUGAGCAGAUGUAUCUGACUGGCGAGCUUGAGCUCGAACUCACACCCCAAGGCACCCUCGCUGAAAGGUGUCGUGCAGGUGGUGCUGGCAUUCCCGCUUUCUACACACCCGCCGCCUUUGGCACUGUCGUCCAAACCGGAGAACUCGCUCUCCGCCAUAACAGCGAUGGAUCAGUUGCUCAGUACUCGACACCGCGCGAUGUCAAGGUCUUCGAGGGCAAGUCGUUCAUCAUGGAGGAAGCUAUCAAGGGUGACUACGCAUUCAUCAAGGCAUACAAGGCCGACCGCCUUGGUAACCUACAGUUCCGCUUCAGCGCCCAGAAUUUCAACGGCGCCAUGGCACGUAACGCCAAAGUCACCAUUGUUGAAGCAGAGCACAUCGUCGAGCCUGGCGAGAUCGAGCCCAACGCCGUCCACGUCCCCGGAAUCUACGUCGACCGUGUGAUUCAGUCUACAGCCGAGAAGAAGAUCGAGAAGACCGUCAACGCAAAGGAUCCCAAAGAAGCUGCCAGCGCACUUGGUUCAGGCGAUGCGGCGAGCAAGCGUGAGCGCAUCGUUAGGAGAGCCGCAAAAGAGUUCAAGAACGGCAUGUACGCCAAUCUCGGAAUCGGCAUGCCCAUGCUGGCACCAUCCUUUGUCGAUGCUAGUGUAGAAGUCCAACUGCAGUCCGAGAACGGCAUUCUCGGCCUUGGUCCCUACCCCCAGAAGGGCCUCGAAGACCCAGAUCUUAUCAAUGCUGGCAAGGAGACUGUCACACUCCUCCCUGGUGCAUCCUGCUUUGGCUCGGAAGAGUCGUUUGGCAUGAUCCGUGCGGGCAAGAUCAACCUGACCAUCCUCGGCGCCAUGCAAGUCUCCGCACGCGGAGACCUAGCGAACUGGAUGUUGCCUGGCAAGGUGAAGGGUUUCGGCGGCGCGAUGGACCUGGUUUCGAAUCCCAGCAUGACCAAGGUUGUCGUCACCAUGGAGCACACAGACAAGAAGGGCAGGCCGAAGAUUCUAAAGCAGUGCGAGUUCCCGCUCACGGGCAAGGCAUGUGUCAGCAGGAUCAUCACAGACCUGUGUGUAUUCGACGUCGACUUCACAGAGGGUCUUACUCUCAUUGAGCUUGCGGACGGCGUCACAGUCGACGAAGUGCGAUCCAAGACUGGUGCCGACUUCAAGGAGGCUGCUGAGAUCAGGCCCAUGUUAUAG